AUGACUCGCGAGGCCGUGGCAACUGCCAUAGCCCGUCUCAACUGCCUCGAGCAGCAGCAGGAUCUCCUUAAGACCCGAGGUGCUAAGAUGCUUUGCCGCGGUCUAAAGACCCUUGACGAACUAGAGGAGGUAGAAGAACGUAAGCGGCAAGAAGCCGAAGCCCACGGUUACCUCGCCAGUCCUUCCGAUUGCCUCGACCUCAUAUUCGAUGAUCUCAUUUUCGGGUUGAAGUUCGGUAUCUGUCGCAAUCGGGGCAUCCCCUCUUGCUAG